AUGCCUAAAAAAUCAAAAACACAUGGUUCCGAAUCUAAAAUAGUUGAUGUGUCUGAUUUAUUGGAAUAUUCCGGUAAAUAUCAAAUUUUGCAAUAUUUCUACAUAUGUCUUCCUGCGAUAUUUGUUUCAAUGAUUAACGUCAAUUAUAUAUUUGUGGCUGGUGAAGUUAAUUAUCGGUGUAGGGUACCAGAAUGUGAGACAAACUCUACAUAUGAGGCACCAUGGUGGCCGCAAACCCACACAGAUCAGUGCACGAGACCGAUACUCAACACAACAUUAGGGAAUCAGUGCACCAACGAGAGUUUCACAGCAGCGACAGAGCAAUGCACUGAUUGGAUUUAUGAAAGCAAUGACACAAUUGUAUCUAAGCUGAACUUAGCGUGCCAGCCGUGGAAACGUAACUUGAUCGGCCCUGUACACAGCAUUGGCAUGGGCUUAGCAAUGGCUGUUGCUGGAUGGGUCGCUGAUAGUAUUGGCCGUAAACCGACCCUCAUCAUUUGCGCCGUGGGCUGCAUCGUAGGAAAUUUUAAAAUUCUCGCCACUACUUACCCUGUGUACAUCACUCUGGAGUUUCUGGAAGCGGUGAUUACAGGAGGGGCGUACACCGCCGGAAAUGUUUUAUUGAUUGAAAUCGGGAGUAAGAAAAAUCGAAUGCUAUCAGGAGUUCUACAUGCAUAUGGAAUAUACAUGGGUGAAGCGGUGUUUGCUCUUGUUGCAAUGUUUGUACCUUACUGGAAAUCACUCAUUCUAAUAAUUUGUAGUCCUGCUGUUUUGUUCCUACUAUAUAUCAUUGUGGUAAAAGAAAGUCCGCGGUGGCUAAUUUUAAAUGGAAAAUUGACUGAAGCUAAACAUACAUUAAGACUUAUGAUCGAAAUGAACAAUAUUAAUGCUAAUCUUGAAGCAUUAGAUAAAAUGAAUGCGAAUCAGUUAAAAGAGGCUUAUAACAUUGAAACCGAAAGAAAAAGGGAAGGUUUUAAGGAAGUAUAUCGUUCUAGAGAAGUUGUGAAAAGAUUACUCGUUGCAUUUGAAUGUAGGUUCGCAGUUGCUUUUAUCUACUACGGCCUCUUAUCAAAUUCUGUGUCGUUACCAGGAAAUAAAUAUGUUAACUUCUUAAUAGGAGCGAUAAUGUCGUUUCCUGGAGAAUUGAUCUCACUCUAUAUGAUGAACAAGUUUGGCAGAAGAUUACCAUUACUUUAUGGGUAUUUAAUCACUGGGAUAGCCUGCGUAGUAUACGGAUAUAUACCAGAAUCAAUACCUGCGUUAAAGAUAACAUUUUUCUUCUUUGGUAAGCUGAUGUCUUCAGCAUGCUACACCGGAAUAGUGACGUACGCAAUGGAACUCUUGCCGACGAGUGUCCGGGGAUCAUUAAUUGGUUUGUGUACUCUUGCGUCCUGCAGUGGUACCAUGGUGGGUCUCAUAACACCGAUGAUGGCUUCGGUAUCUUCAGUAUUAGCACCCAUUUGUUUUGCGGUCCUUGCAGUAGUUUCUGGUGUUCUUCUCACCCUAACUCCUGAAACAAGAGACCUACCACUUCCAGACACGAUCGAACAAAUAUCUAAGAAUACUAAGAUUAAUAAAAAUAUUACUGGUGAUUACAAUAAUCCUGCUUAUUCUGAUGAGAGGUUUUGAUAACCAAUGGACUUUAUAACUCAAGAUUAUUUUUUCGCACGAAAGUAACUUGCCUUUAAUUAAUUAUUCACAAAAUAUAAUUCAAUUUUUUUAUUACCUUCUAAAAAUAGUAAAUUUUAUGUAAGGUAAAUGGUGUUUGUAAUCGUAAUAACUAUGAAAAUGUAAACAAAUCUCUUCUGUGUAAAUAUAUAUGAUUUAAUAAAUGAUUGUAUUUUUGUUUUUA